GUGAGCGUCACCAGCGGUAAUAAAAAGACCCAGUGCCAGCAACUGUCCUCGUGUAGUAGUUUUGCCCCUUUAUCGGGUUCCAAUCAGAUUCAAAGAAGCUGUUAAGAGGUGGAACGUGGAUGUGCCUAGAGUCAGAUGUGCUGACUUGAGCCUGCUGGCCUGCCACUUAAUUUUCACCCCAGAGACGAGAAGAAGGGAUUGGAGACUGAGUUUGGUCUUGCUCUGGAGCGUAUCCAGCUGAUAAGGUCGACACAACCAUCGGCUGACAGCUUGAGCAGCAACGGCCUUGAUUAGUGACGAGCUGUUCUCCUGGUCCUCGUUUCUCCGUCCCUGGCCCCGUCCUGCCCCAUCUGACCUCCUUCCUGCCUGGCCCAUUACCCCCUGAAGCGGCACGAUGGGGGUGGAGGAGGCAGCGGACACAGCGUCGACCGGCUCCAUGCGUCUGAAGCAGGAGAUCUCCCUGCUCCACGGGGUCUGCCUCAUCGUGGGCAACAUGAUUGGUUCCGGCAUCUUCGUCUCCCCGAAAGGAGUCCUGUUAUACACGGGCUCCUACGGCCUGUCUUUAGUGGUGUGGGUCAUUGGAGGGGUCUUCUCUGUUUUUGGGGCGCUAUGCUACGCAGAGCUGGGAACCACCAUCCGCAAGUCCGGGGCCAGCUACGCCUAUAUCCUGGAGUCCUUUGGAGGCUUCCUGGCUUUUAUUAGACUCUGGACGUCUCUGAUGAUCGUGGAGCCGGCGUGCCAGGCGGUCAUAGCCCUAACCUUCUCCAACUACCUGGUCCAACCCUUCUACCCCACCUGUGUAGCCCCCUACCAUGCUGUGAGGCUCAUAGCUGCAGCCAUCAUUGGUCUCCUGACCGCAGUGAACUGUAUGAAAGUGAAGUGGGGGGCCAUCCUCCAGGUCAUCUCCACGGUAGCCAAGGUCUUGGCUCUCAUCGUCAUCAUCAUAGCUGGGAUGGUCAAGCUAGGACAAGGACAGACGGCCAACUUUGAGGAUUCCUUUAAAGGUUCUAAGUGGAACCCUGGGGACUUUGCCCUGGCCCUGUAUGCGGCUCUGUACUCCUACUCCGGCUGGGACACCCUUAACUUCAUCACAGAGGAGAUCAAGAACCCAGAGAGGAACCUCCCGUUGGCCAUUGGGAUCUCCAUGCCCAUCGUCACGGUGAUUUACAUCCUGACUAACGUGGCCUACUACACCGUGAUGAAUGCUGACACUGUGCUGUCCUCUGAGGCCGUGGCUGUGACGUUUGCUGAUGAGGUUCUGGGCUGGGCCCGGUGGCUGAUUCCCCUGGCGGUGGCCAUCUCCUGCUACGGCGGCCUGAACUCCUCCAUCAUCGCCGCCUCCCGGCUGUUCUUCGUGGGCUCCAGGGAGGGCCAUUUACCCAAUGUUCUCUGCAUGAUCCACGUCGAGCGCUACACGCCGAUCCCAGCGCUGCUCUUCAACGGUGGCAUGUCCCUUCUUUACUUGUGUGUGAAGGACGUGUUUCAGCUCAUCAACUACUUCAGCUUCAACUACUGGCUGUUCAUAGGCCUUUCCAUCGCCAGCCAGAUUUACCUCCGGGUCAAGUUUCCUGAAAAGCCCCGGCCCGUGAAGCUCUCUCUGUUCUUCCCCAUUGUGUACUGCGUGUGCAGUGUGUUCCUGGUGGUGGUUCCCUUGUACAGUGACACCAUUAACUCCCUGGUGGGCAUUGCUGUGGCUCUGUCUGGAGCUCCAGUCUACUACAUCUGUAUCCACCUGCCACCCUCCUCCAGACCCGCCUUCCUGGCCAGGAUGCUGGAUGCCGUCUCCCUGAACACACAGAAGUUAUGUCUGUGCUGUGUGGCUUCUCCUGACCUAGACCUCGACAACAUCCCAGAGGAGAAGUUAAAGUGAGGGGUGGAGUGACGUUAAGGAUGAAGUGGGGUUGGAGGGUGAACUUGAGGGCUAUACAUUUGUUUGUGACUUGAUCUACUAUGCACAGCGUGUGUUCUCUUUUGGCCACGAUCUGCCCCAUCAUGCGCUGCUACGUUCAUCUGCAUCUAACAGAGAAGACCCCUAGUCACACCGAUGGAGCUAUGUCAACCGUGCAAGAGAUCCAGUUAUUGCAAGCGGAAAGUUGUGGCUUGUUUUUAGAAUAGAUUUCCCUAAGCGGGACCUGCCGUCCAAUGUCUUUGUCAAACCUUUUUAGAGAUGUACAUUUUUCUGGCUUGUGAUUGAAUGAGUUUGCUAUUUAAUGUUUUGAGGAAGUUGAAGAUGCCCAUUCAGGCCCUACUUUACCUGCCUUAGGCCUUGGGUGGGGUGUGUACUUUAACAUGAGUUGGUACUGUAUCUUAAAGUGGUUUGGUUUGAGCCAUUAUGCAGUUAGUGUUUAUUAGUGAAGUUGACAGGGGUUUAGAACAUAGAAAUUGUUGUCUAUCUGGUUCUAUGAAGUUCCAGUUAUUUUGCAUUUUUCAUGUCUCUGCCAAACCAUACCAAGCUAAGCUGAUCUCUGGCACUUGCUGCUUUCCUGUUUGUUGCAUUCUCGUGCUUCUUUUUACAAAACCUUGUUACCAAACUGUAUAAUGGUUUAUUAGCUUUUUUCAGAUUUUGGUCUCAUCAAUUCUAUUGUUCUAUUGGCCUUGAAUAGCACAGCUAACAUAGGAAAUCUUACAAUAUGACAAGUUACUGACAUGGAUAGUGUGUCUGUUGCCGUUUUGCCAUCUGUUACCAAAAGUGUGUAGGCUACAGAUCAGGACAAUUACUUCAUGCCUUUAAUGAAAGGUGGCUCUCAGUCCAUUGAAUUCACCAACAGUGACAUGUUUACAGCAUUUGCUGAAAUUAGCGCACAAUGUUAGACUGUUUUUGCUUGUUUCCCCUCAAACCAUACCUCUGUUUCUGCUGCUGUAGAAAUUGGGCGAAUAUAGAAAAGGGAGGCUUUAGAAUGUGUUCAUGUGUCUGGUUUCAGUUGUUUUGUAUAAGGUAGUAUCCCAUUUUAAUCCAGUUAGGUGGUGAAUGUUCGCUCCCAUUGACUUGUCUUGCAUGUUUGGUUAUGUAGGAUGUGUAACUAAUCUGCUCAGAUCCAGUGACAUCCACCUUCUUGCAAUUUGGAUUGACUGUCUUGCCUGUCCUGUAUUUUAGGGAUGUCACCUUUCCUUUAUGGUGCAUUUCAUUGAUUGUGACUCCAGACCAAAUGUUGUAGCCAGUUUGAGUUCUAAGUGCCAUCUAGAGGUCAAGAUUCAGGAGUACUUAGCACUCAGUGGCACUUGACAAAUCAAAACUGUCAGUAAAUGCAAUCCAAAGUUUGUACUCUUUCUUUUAUAUUGUAAUUGAGAGUUUUCCUGUUUAUUCUAAGCGGUUUCAAAAAGUGACUUGGUAAAAACAUGAAUUUUAUUUUCUUACAUGACCUUAUUGUAGAAUCUGAGCAGUUCUGUGAAUGUCUGUCAUUGUAAUGUCUUUAGAAUCUUUUAAUUUAAAGCUUUGAUGGUUUGUGGGAUGUUAUACAGCAUAUGUUUUUAUUUUAUUUUACUUUUUCUAUUUUCCUGAUUAAUGCAAGACAAAUGUGCAGUCUCACUUGCUUUAUUGAUGUCACUGAUAUGUUUUUGAAUCUUUUGGCCAUUUUCCUCAAGAUGACUAGAUUCUAAACAACAUUUUAUUCAAGUUAACUACAAGUUAAAGUCUGUCUACAGAACUGUCAGUUUAAGGUAAUCGUUUUUGGCUUUUCCUACUGUAUUCCUAAAUUGCAUACCGGACUACAUGAUGUUCAACUAAGACUUACUUGACAGAACAACAUGGCCAGUUCUGCCUCUAUCAUUGUAACUGAUGUACUGGUCUUUCAAUUAGCCAAUGGAUUUUGUCUUGGAGUGUCUGUCACACAUGUGACACAGACUGAUCUUAAUCACAGCUGUUUUGUUUCUUGUACAACCUAUAAGAGUUGCUAUGUAGGCAGAAGAGUCUUUGCUUGUGCCUUUCGUAAACGUGACUUGUUAAAGCAAAUGUAUUUAGUUUUUUUGCAUCAUGAGUUGUCCCUUCAGCGUAGUUCUACUGCACCAAACGUUGUCUUUUAGGUGUGAGAGACUAGCUGUUCUGUUAGUCUGGUCUCCACUCAGUUGCUUUAGUCUGACACCAAAAGGGGCAUUAGGUUUGAAGUUCUUCCUUUUAAAGCAAGAGGAGGAUCUAUUGGUGUUGCUGUGAUUUCCAUCUGCCACGUCUACACUGUCUUGUCAUUUACAUCAAAUUCAUUACACAAGAUCCACCACCCAUCGUUGGCUUGUUCAAGACAUUUCAUUGAAGCCUGUGGUUCCAUUUCAUUCCUCAUGUUCUUAUGGUCUUGUCAUUCUUUUCCAUAUGGCUGGUCAUAUUCUGCUCUUUUUCUGGUUCACUGUAUCUGUCCUAGUCCAAUUCUAGUCGGUCCUUGUAGAGGUUACAUAAAUCACGUUGGUGUAUACAUUUUAAAUGUUGAAAUGUAUUCGAGUGUUUGACUGAUCUGUUCCAAUUUGUAUCGGUUUUAUGAUUGAAAUGAGUACUGCACAACAAACUGAAAACAAGCUUUGCAUUGCAGAGAUGUCUUCAUCGAAGGGUUUAAAGAAAAUGGAAUAAAGAAACACCGUAUUCUA